AUGUCUAAACAAACAACAGUCCCAUCAGGAUGUCCUAUACAUAAAAAAAAUUCUCAAACGUCCGAUCAAUCAUCCUCUCAAUCUAAAUGUCCUAAUUCUUCAAAUAAUACUUCAGAAACAACUAAUCCGAUAGUUCAUUCUGGUGAUGCUCUUUCUCCAGAUAAUCAAAUGCCAACACUUGGCCAGCAUCAAAUGCCUGGCCAACAAAUUCCACUUCCAACAUCUAGAGUUAUUUCUUCUAUUCCUAAAGCUCAUAGUUCUGAUAAUUGGGUAUAUCCUUCUCCACAACAAUUUUAUAAUGCAUUGGUUCGUAAAGGAUGGGAUACUCCAGAAGAAAGUAUUGAAACAAUGGUAGAUAUACAUAAUUUUUUAAAUGAAGAAGCUUGGAACGAAAUCCUUAAAUGGGAACGGAUGAAAAAAUGUACACCACCACCAUUUGAUCGUCACGACUGGACGAUAGAUAGAUGUGGUAAAGAAGUUCGAUAUGUAAUUGAUUAUUAUUCUGGUCCAGAUGAAGGCGACACGCCAAUAUUUUAUCUUGACGUAAGACCAGCUUUGGAUUCAAUUGACAGUAUUGUUGAUCGAAUCAAAGUUGCUACCAAAGGAACUUUUGAACAAUUCAGAGAACGUGCUAAAUCUGCUAGAGCUGGUGUACAAAAAUCUAGUGGUGGUGAUCGCACGUAA